AUGUCAACGCCAACCACCACCGAAGGCUUUGCACCCUUCAACGCACCUGGCGCGGGGAAGCCCUGUCAGACAUACUACAAAGUAUUGGGCGAUCUCACCUCCGACAAGUGCCCCGUCGUCGUAAUUAAUGGCGGGCCUGGAGCAACGAUGAAUUACUUACUCUCACUGGCCGACUUGGCCGAGGCCGCAUACGGGAUGCCGGUCGUGCUCUACGACCAGGUGGGCUGUGGAAAGUCGACGCUGCUACCCGAGAAGGCCGGAGAUGUGGAGUUUUGGACCGUCCAACUUUUUGUUGACGAAUUCCAUAAUCUUCUGACGCAUAUCGGAGUCGAGACCUAUGAUGUGUUGGGACACUCGUGGGGUUCGAUGUUGGGACUAGAGAUUGCUGUGAGACAACCAGCUGGUCUCAGGAAACUCAUCCUGUCGUCUGGAUUGGUUUCCAUGAAACUAUGGGAAGAUGCGACGCGCAAGCUCCUUGAAACUCUGCCAACAGACAUAGUGGAGACAAUUCGCAAACAUGAGAAGGCGGGGACAUUCGACUCCCCAGAAUACGCUGACGCGAUGAACGUGUACAACAAGCAGUUUGUCUGCCGACUUGACCCAUACCCACCGGAAGUAGUGGCGACGUUUAAGGCACUAGAAGACCCAACAGUUUACGGAACCAUGGAGGGCCCUUCUGAGUUCACUAUCACCGGGAGCCUAAAGACAUGGAAUAUUAUACCUCAGUUGCCGAAAAUCAACGUCCCAAUCCUCAUUACGAAUGGCGCGUACGACGAGGCCGCGGAUAGUGUGAUAGCACCUGUCUGGAACGUGUUGCCGCGAGUCAAGUGGUAUACCUUCCCCAACAGUUCGCAUAUGGCCCAGUGGGAGGAGCGAGCGAAGUUCAUGGAGAUUAUAGGAGGGUACCUGAAGCUAGAGAUUGAAUGA